AUGACCGGCCGAACCCAGUGGUGCACACGGUGUGGGGCGUCCUCGCCCCUCCGGCGAUGCGCUGCCUUCCACGGCGCCCUUGCGCCGGCGUGCGGCGCCGCCGCCCCCCUCUGGGCACAGGCGCUGCUGCCGCUGCCGCCGCCGCCGUCGAGCCCCACGUCGCCGCACGGCAAGAAGAGGGCUCUCCUGGUGGGGAUAAGCUAUAAGCGGAGCUGGAAGCGGCUGGAGGGCUCCGUCAACGAUGUCAACUGCAUGAAGUUCCUCCUUCAGCGCAGGUUCGGCUUCCCAGAGCCGUCCAUCCUCGUUCUCACCGGUAACAACAACAAGCGAAAGACGAACACUUUCAAUUCAAUACUUGUCAGCUUUCCCAUGGCCGGAGUUUCUGCUCUCUGAUCCGUUGGCUUGGGGAGGAUAGAUGCAGACGGGGAGGGCAACCCGAGGAGGACGCCGACGAGGGAGAAUAUCCUGGAGGCAAUGCGGUGGCUGGUUUCCGGCUGCCGGCGGGGGGACUCCCUGGUGUUCCACUUCUCCGGCCACGGCUCACAGCUUGCGGACAAGGACGGCGACGAGCUGGACGGCUACGACGAGACGCUGUGCCCCGUUGACUACCAGAAGAGCGGGGCGAUCGUCGACGACAUGGUCAACGCCAUUCUCGUGAGGCCCCUCCCUCAGGGUGUCACCCUCCACGCCGUCGUCGACGCCUGCCACAGCGGCUCCGCUCUCGACCUUCCCUUCGUCUGCAACAUGAACAGGUGAUCUCAUACUACAGCCAUCAACAUGAGGAAGUGCUGCAGAACUCUCGUUUCCAGUUAUGUCAGCACAAGAUCCUAGUAAUGGAAUUCAGGGACUUAAGGCCCUGGUUGUUCAUGGCAGCAAGGGGGAUUACCAGUGGGAGAGCUACAGCCGUCUGCCCAAGGGGACGAGCGGCGGACUGGCCGUCUGUUUCAGCUCCUGCGGAGAUGACCAGACAUCUUCCGAAACAAAUGUGAGGGAGCUCCCUCCUCCUCCUCCGUUCGCCAUCAUCUUGGAGGAAAGCCUCUGACCUACUGGUGGAGUCAAUUCUCGCGCAGGCCUUCUCCGGCAAUGCCACGACCGGUGCCAUGACCUACUGCUUCAUCAAAGCCGUGGAGAGAGGAUCCGCAAGAACAUACGGCUCCUUGCUGUUGAACAUCAGAAAAUCCAUCCGCAAAUCAGAGGCAGGCGCCGCCGCUAGCAUCAUUCCCUUUAUGGGCAAAUUUCUUCGGUCCCGAUCCCAUCAGGUGACUGAUCUUCUUCUUCUUCUUCUUCCUCGCUGUCUCUCUCCCUCUGGUUCAUGAUCCUCGGUAACAUCUAGCCGUUGUGGAGCUACCCUCUUCAGAGAAUCUGAAAUUCUAGCAGCCGGAUGAAAUCCUCUGCAGCCGGAUCCUCGGAUGACUUGAGAUCGAGAAGCGUUGACCUUUUUUUCGCAUUUUUGCGGCGGCAUGCAGGUGCCGCAGCUCUCCUCUUCUGAGAGAUUCGACGUGAACCAGAAGCUGCUGACUUUGUGA